AUGUCCGCGUUUCUUCCGGACCUUCCCAACGAGCUGCUAUGUGCUCUGGCGGCAUAUCUGCCGGACCUGGGAGACCUUGCUGCUUUAUUGCGCACGAAUCGCCAACUACACUCCCAUCUCAACUCGGAACUGUAUAAAUGUGAUGCUAGGAACAAAGAAAAAUCUCGGGCUAUCCCUUGGGCUGUUCAACAUGGACGAUUCGAUACACUUCGUCACAUUUCUACCGCCAGUGCAUCGCACUGGCGGGCCAAAGGUAUGACUGUACUGCACCUGGCGGCAACGUACAACCAAAAGGCGAUGGCUGAAGCUUUUCUGGACCUGCCCAGUAUUGGCGUGGAUGACAAAGAAGACCAAGGCUUCACCGCACUUCAUUUAGCUGCUGCUUCCGGAAGUGUAGAGGUUGCAAAGGUACUAUUGGAUAAGGGGGCUGACCCUAACGUCCUUUGCGAGUCUGACGAAAUCUCGCCGCUGGGCCUCGCGUCAAUGUUUGGCUCUAUUGAAGUAGCCGAGCUUCUGUUACAACAUGGAGCUGAUGUCAAUGAGGGCGAUGCAGAGCAGCCCCCGCUCUUCUAUGCGGUGGGAAAUGAAAAAACUGAUGUCGUCAAGCUCUUACUUGAGCAUGGAGCUUCGAUGGAGUUUCCAAGCACAGAGCCUGGCUGCACAACGGCUUUGAUUCAAGCCGCAAACCUUGGCCAUGCCGACAUUGUCGCGACACUUAUUUCUCAUGGCGCAGAUCCACUGCAGUCUGAUACCAAUGGCGAUACUCCAUUGUCUAUGGCAAUAGCGACAACAGGGAAAAGGCGCGUCGAAGCGGUGCAAAUGCUUCUAAAGAACGGCGCUGAGGCAGAGCUGACCCAAAACGGUGGUAUCACAGCACUACGACAGGCUGUGGGUUCGGCAGCAGACGCACAACGACGUGCAUGGGAUGAAGACGCGGACCCGGACACGGAAAAAGAAAGCCUGGAGUUGGUUCGACUGCUCUUAGAUCAUGGAGCAGUGGCCUCGGCGAGCGAUGACCAUGGCACGGCAUUACAUUGUGCAGUUACGUUGAACUACCAGAAGAUUGCCGAACUCCUCCUUAGAAACAACGUGCCUGUAAAUGCCACGAAUUCUGAAGGCAUGACAGCUCUGCAUUUCGCCGUGAGCCCUAGAUGUUCACUGUCUCCUGAUGAGUGUGUCGAUAUGGUCCAGCUUCUCGUGUCGAACGGCGCAGAUGCCAGGGCGCUUGAUAACCGCGGCCAAACCCCGUUGCACAUUGCAGCAGGGCUCAGUCUCGAAAUUUCGGAAAUUCUGCUAAAGGUGAGCAAUGCUGUGGCCGAUGACAACGUACUCGCCGCGCGAGAUUAUACCGGCCGCACGGCACUGCAUAACAGUGCCCGGUUUUUGCAACGGAAUGACCACGAAGCUACUCCUUGA